CACACACACACACACACACUCUCUGUACUUUCUUGUUCUAGGAUACCAAAAUACCUUACUACGUAGGUUGAUUUGAAUUUUUUUAAGUCAUGUGACAAAACCAUGCUACUUAAAAUGCAGUGUGUGUGGUUUGAAUGUCUUAAGACUGAAUUCAUGUUUUCCUUGCAUAACUGUAGAUUUCUGUAGUCUGUGAGUGCCUACCCAGACUUAAGUUCAUACACAGCAACUAAAGAAGGGGACAAGUAUUUAGACAGCAGGCAAAGACUAUAGAUACUUUUGAAAUAGAAGCUUUUCAUCCAGAAGUUGUCGUCCUCGGACCAGGAGUCGGUGGGGAAAACUUACAGUUUCAGGAGUAGAACAGUCUGUAGCUGAGAUUGUGACUUUGUUUUCCUCAAGCCCUUCCUCAGAAGAUGGUCUCACAGAACAUGACAUGGAUAAAAUAUCCAAGUCAAGAACUCAUUGAGAUCAAAGAUAUCAUAUGGUCACAGAACAUCAUAUCAAGAUUUAUACACAUCUACUUUGCACUCUUUGUCCCAACAAGUCUGGUUGCCGGCACAUUCAACCUGAUCACCUUCAUUAAGGGGCACUCUCUGCUAGGAAAUCUGGACCUGUACCUCUUGGACCUGACUGUGACAAACCUUCUGAUAACCCUGUUUUCAUUUUCUGCCAUCACUAGACCAGAUUACAUACCAACCAGCAACCUGAGCUGUGGGGUACUCUCUUUUUUCUUCAACAUUUGUUACUUCAAUGCGCAGUAUGUUCAGAUUGCCAUGUUCUACACAUUCCUGUUCCAGGAUUAUUUGCCCUGUCUGAGGGCGGCAACCCUGAUCCAGAAGCCACUGGGACAUUUGGGCCUUGUCUUUGCCUGUGCUUUCAGCAGCUCCCUGGGAGGCGCGAUCCUUCUGGGCACAGCUAGUUCUUUAUCCGACAGUGCCCUCUGCCAGGUUGACCCAUUGGCAGCUUGGCCCGAAUACGAGAUUGUCAAGUUCAGCCUGGGUUUUGGGGUGGCGCUAAGUAUCGAGGUGGUUUUCUUCACCCUUCUCAUUGGUAAGCUGGCACGAAGAGGAGCUCCUCCACAGAAGGAUGGCGCACACACUCACCUGAUCACGCUGACCAUCACCCUCAUCAUGUUUGCUUGCCGCCUCUUCUACAACAUUAUGCUACUCAAUAGGGCCAGGCUCAAACUUGGGAGGGAUAAUGGCUCUCCCAGAGAUGAGCUCAUCAUGAAUAUUGCAGAGCUGGUCCUGUUUGGUGAGAGUUGUGCCAACAGCCUGGCCAUUCUCUUUCUUCAUAACCCAUGCAAGGUAGCCUUAAUCCAAAGCCUACAAAAUCUAACCAAACGGUGUAGGAGGGAAGAAGAGACCCACCACAGCAUUUCCAUCUAGAGAAGAAUCUAAAAUGCAUCAGAAUCACUGCAUGGUGGAGAAGGGCAACAACACAAAGAGACGGACACUUAGUCUUUUAAGAGAGCACAAGCUAUCUGCUGAAACUCCAAAUUUGCCCUGCAAGAUCCAACAGGCAGGAUUUGAUGUCUUGGCAAGAGACUAUAGGAAUUUUGCCACUACGGAUUCCAGAUCAUCCACAAAUAUUCCUAAAUGCCAAAAAGCACCUCCAUCUAUGUCAAAAAUCAUAAUAGAAGGCAGCCAGUCUUUUAUUAUUAAAACUGAUAGAGAUACCCAAAUAUAUUCAAUAAAUGCAGGCCAGAAUAUAUUUAGAUAUUUAAGCAAUAUUUUAUUUUCCCAGGCAACUGGAGUCAAGUGUCUUACUCAGGGUCACACAGCUAGUAAGUCUUAAGAGUCUAAGAAGGUCCUUAAGUCCUCCUGACUUCAGGAUUAAUGCUCUAUCCACUGCCUUAUCGAGCUGACCCCCUCUCCCAAGUUUUUUUAAAAUAUAUUAUUCAUUGCAAGUCAAUAUGGAAACACAGAAGUAAAAUACAUUGCUUUAUUGCUACAGCAAAAACUAGUUCUUCAGAGUAGCUGAAUAAACUUGACAUUAGCCAGAGAAACCUAGCUAAAAAUAAAAUAAGGGUUUUGGGGGUUGUUGUAUAUAAAUAGAAUAACAUUCUAUUUAUAAUAAAUAUAAUAAAAUGAGGUUAAAAAGUUAUCACACUAAAUGGUCAAAGGAUAUGAACAAUUUUGAGAUGAUGAAAUUGAAACUAUUUCUACUCACAUGAAAAGAUGUUCCAAAUCAUUAUUGAUCAGAGAAAUGCAAAUUAAGACAACUCUGAGAUACCACUACACACCUAACAGAUUGACUAAGAUGACAGGAAAAGAAAAUGAUGAUUGUUGGAGGGGAUGCAGGAAAACUGGGACACUGAUGCAUUGUUGGUGGAGUUGUGAACGAAUCCAACCAUUCUGGAGAGCAAUUUGGAACUAUACUCAAAAAGUUACCAAACUGUGCAUACCCUUUGACCCAGAAGUGUUUCUACUAGGCAGCCCUUUGUGUAGUAGUAAGAAACUGGAAAUUGAGUGGAUGCCCAUUAAUUGGAGAAUGGCUGAGUAAAUUGUGGUAUAUGAACGUUAUGAAAUAUUAUUGUUCUGUAAGAAAUGACCAGCAAGAUGAAUACAGAGAGGCUUGGAGAGACUUAUAUGAACUGAUGCUAAGUGAAAUGAGCAGAACAGGAGAUCAUUGUACACUUCAAUAACAAUAUUAUAUGAGGAUCAAUUCUAAUGGAAAUGUCUAUCUUCAACAAUGACAGGAUCCAAUUCAGUUCCAAUUGAUCAGUGAUGAACAGAACCAGCUACACCCAGUGAAAGAACACCGGGAAACGAGUAUGGGCUGCUUACUUUUUUUUUUCCUUUUUAUUUUUAUUUUUUUUUAUUUUUACCUUUCUAAAUCCAAUUUUCCUUGUGCAACAAGAGAACUGUAUAAAUAUAUAUACAUAUAUUGCAUCUAAGAAAUACUUUAACAUGUUUAACAUGUGUGAGACUGCUUGCCAUCUAAGGGAAGGGGUAGAGGGAAGGAAGGGAAAAGUUAGGACAGAAGUGUUUGCAAGGAACAACAUUGAAAAAUUACCCAUGCAUGUGUUCUGUCAAAAAGCUAUAAUAAUUUUUUUUAAAGUUAUCACACACAUUUAAAAGUGAUUUUUAUGGUGCUGAUACAGUGAUGACAAUUGGACAAUGUUCUGUUUGUUCUAAUAUGCUACAGUACAAUGAAAAGUCUGUUGGGACUGAGAAUAACAAGGUUCUGGCCCCUAACCUCUGAGACUGAUUACAAAGGUUUCUUUUCAAUUUAUUUUCAAUUCCAGAUUUUCCUAUCUUGCAAGAUUAUUGCAAAAAUCAAACGAGAGUGCAAGUGUACAAGUGCUUUGGAAAGCAUAAAGCAGAUACACAAAUGCAUGGUAUAUUUAUUAUGAACAGUUCAAGGUUAACUUGGAUGUGGGAAGGAAAACUAAUGAAAUUAAUGCCCUGAACUUUACUGUAUUUUUUUACUAUUAUUAGCUGUAAAUCCAAGAAUAAUUCUUGAUACCAAUGGUUUACAUGCAAAAUAUUUAUCAAAAUAAUUUCUUUUAAGUUAAAGAAUGUGUAUUCACCCAUCAAGUAAAUUUUGUGAGGAAUGAAUAAAAAAUACAUGUUAAAAAAAAUAACUACUCUAAUUCAUUCAUUGCCAAAUACUCAUAUUGUACCUAGUGGAUGAUAAACAUUUGCUAGAUUUUGUAAAGAACACAAAAGUGAAUCAAAAUGGUCCCUGGCCUCAUGAGAUUUCCAAUCUACUAGAGAUAAUGAAUAAAUAACAUGUCAACAAAAAUUAUCAUGAGAUAAUACAGAUCUCUCCAUCCUAGUAGAUCAGGUAAAAUUAAAGAGGAAGGGCAGAGAUUCCAAACAUGGCUACCAUGUGAGGAUCCUCUGUCCACUGGACCCUCUUCGCCUAUACUUUAACUUUGCUUAUCCAAUAAUAAACCUCUUUUUAUCAAUCUAAAAAAAAAAAAAAUUAAAGAGGAAGAAAAGGCAUUUAAGCUGUAUUUUGAAGAUAUGAGAAUAUUACCAGGCAGAGAUGGCAACAAAACUUGUUUUUCUUUUUUAUUCAACUUUAUUUUAUUUUCAGUUCCAAAUUCUCUUUCCUCCUCUUUCUCCCUCCCCCAUCCAUUGAGAAGGCAAGAAAAAAAAUCAUUACAAAUAUGUGUAGACAAGCAAAACACAUGAAGUAGGAGAAAAAUGCACAAAUAAAAAAGCUGAGGUGGGAAAAGAUGAGACAUUUGACAAACAAUGAACAGCUCAACUUGUGGAAAACUUAGGGGUCAUGUCAACAUAUGGCAGGAGUUUGUAACUUGAGAUUAAUGACUUUUUUUAAAAAGUAUUUUAUUAAAUUUAUUCCAAUGUCA